UCCACGGGCGUCACAUUAGGAAAUCUGAACUUGCAAUACCUUUGUGCCGAAUGAAGCUACUGCGGCGAGUUUUCCGUGCCGAAUUCAAAGGUGGUGAUUGGCAUGUUUACCAUUUCAAACAUGGUAGUUUGCCAUCAGCUACAGAGUUGCCUUAUCGGUGAAACACACAUGAACUCCGACCCCAUAGGCUCAAAGGGUAGGCUGGGCCCGCCGGCACGGAUUUACACCACUGCUCAAUUGCUCCAGCCUACAGUUACAAGGAAACAGCCGCUGGCACUGAAGUGAGGGAAACAGGCACUCUUCUGGUAGCAUGGCUACGAUUAAGUGUUAAACAACUUGUUAAAAGUAGAUACGUUCCCAUAAAUAGCUGUACUGUGAGAAACUGGCACUUCAGUCAAUAAACAGGACAGUUAGUUACGUCAUUUACACAAACAGAAAGGUAGCAAAAUGUUCACUGCAUCGGUGAUCACAACAAGAGAGAGGCAAUUUCUUUAGAAGCUGAAAAAAAUGAUGCCAUCCAGACGGCACUGACAAAGGCACACUACACGACAACACUGUGGCUAUUUGAAUGAUAUCUCACCAGUGGGCUGGGCAGACAUUAUCAGAUAUGUGGGAUCAACAACGCAUGAAAGCAAGUCUAAAGUACAAACCCGGGGUCAUCUAUAAGCCUCAUUUUUGUUUAGCUCUGUGCUACAGCACUAAAUACAAUCCUUUCCGAGCUCUUGUCGACGAGAAAUUGAAGCCAGGGAAGUUACCAAGUUGUUAGCUGCAAAGCACAAUGAAAAAAGUUGUGACAGUGUUUGGAGCGACGGGACAACAGGGCGGUUCCGUUGUCCGCGCUCUCUUAGAGCAACCAGACAACUUCCAUGUCCGCGCCGUCACGCGAAACCCCACCUCCCCGAAGUCGCUUGCCUUACGAGCGGCGGGCUGCCAACUGGUCCAGGCUGAGCUCGCCCAGACAGAGAGCCUGAUCCCUAUUCUGCAAGGGGCGGACUGUUGCUUUCUGGUGACGCGGCCUCCUGUGAAGAUGGUCCAAGAGGAGGCCGCAAAGGACGAGUACCAGUACGGUAUGAACGUGGCCAACGCUUGCAUGGCGGUGGGCCUUCCACACUUGAUGUUCACCACCUUACCGAACUGCGAGAAGAUUACUGGAGCGGCUGUGCCUUGGAGCGACAGCAAAGCGAGGAUUGCCGAGUAUUUCAAGGAGAAGGGGCUACCACUGACUGCCAUCACACUCCCAGACUUUUAUGAAAACUAUUUAAGCGUUCUUAAGCCACAAAAAGUCGAAGAUGACGUUUACAACUUGGAAAUUCCGACGGGGGAGCAGGCCUACAGCUUGAUCAACAUCAGCUACCUGGGCGAAGCUGUGCGCCACAUCAUCACCCACAGAGAUGAGUACAUCAACAAAGACAUUACCUUGGCAACAGACAGACUGACAGUAGGGGAAAUCGCGGACAUAAUGAACACGCACCUACAACCAAUGGGGAAGACUGUUAGGAAUGCUGAGUUCACACUGGACCAGACCAGGGAAAAAUACAAGCAUAGGGCUGGAAUAGAAGAUCUGGUGAACUGGUAUAAGUUCAUCCUGGCUGGCCCUGCAGACCCACAGUAUGAAGAGUACAAGGAUAUAGAGCUGGGAAGAAAGCUCAUGCCGUCAGCAAAGUCGUUUGAUGAAUGGAUCAGAGAAAAUAAGGAGGCGCUUGCUGCUGCUUUGAGUUAGAGAGUAGGCUUAUUUAAUACUCACUCCGACAAUGAUUAAAAAUAUUGUUUUAACGCUAGACAAGUACCCUAAUUGGAUUCAAAUGAAAAUUGACAUUAUGACGUUGCGCGCUCCCUUUAAAUUCUCCUGAAGUUUAGUAGUGAGAAAGGUGACAGAAGCAGAUUCGAUUCUUCGGAUUGUGGCGUUAUCCCCCUCCAAAAAAAUCCAAAUUUCUUACAGUGGAAAUUGGAUCCUUUUUUUUAACAAACUACAGGCCUGAACUCUGUACAGAAAUUACAUCCCAAACUGGUGGUUUUGAAAGUGAAUACCCAUCUAUUAAUAAACAUUAGGCCUAGGUAAGCAUUAGCAAAAUUGCAAUGUGUAAAAAAAAAAGUUAUCAAACUACAUUACGUAAACUUUAACACAUGCAAUGUGCAAAAUCAAUGCCGUUGAAAUGCUUUAUCCCAUCUGUCAUGCCUAAAAAACAAGUACUAUGUACAAAGUGAUUUGUAAUGUAAGAUCGGAAAGCUGGAGCUGUAGUGGUUCCAGGUGCAAAUUAAGAGGGAAGGUGAACCCCAAUAUAGCUUUUUCAUCAUUUCAGCAAACAUAUCCAAGGGUUUGAUUUGAAGGCAUGCAAGGUACAUUACGAUGCAGGGUUGACAAAAUGCUGGGCAGUAGUUGACAGAUGACUAGGAGGUGAUCUGCGUGUAGAGAGAGUAGCACCAACUUCACACUUCGGAACUAAAACGACUGUUCAUUAUGUAUGCAGUACAGCAUAUGCAGCUUUUGCGUGCGAACUGUCCGUGAUCACUGAUGCAUAAUCUACUUCGGUUCCAACAAUUGAGACUCAAGUCGCAACCCUUACUAAAAAACAGACCUAACUAGGAGUAGUUGACAACAUGGCCAAAGUUGACAAGUGGCCCGUUUGAAUGAUUUACGAUCACGGGAGUUGACAGCAGGGUAGAAGUUGCCGAGUCUGGGCUGAAGGUGACAGUGGGACAGUUGACGGCUGGGGACAGCGAGACUGUAUUGCUGAGACAAGGUUAAAACCCACACUGGAGAUCAUUGCCCGGCAGGAGUUGCCAGCGGGUCAGGAGUUCAUGACUGGGCGAGGGUUGACGUCUGGGUAGACACUGACAUUAUGGAAAGGUGGAAAGAAGAGUGGCUUGUGAAUCCUGUCAAUCCACUACUGCCCUCUGUAACUUACCCUCCCUAAACAUUACGUAAUUUAUGUACCUUACCUGUGAACUCUAUAGCAGAUUCCGCGUCGAUAAUUUUCUGAAGAGUCUCUUUGCCAUACGCACUUGGCCUUUUCAACUUCACAUUGGGCGGGAGGCCUGUGCUUUGAAUUUGCCCUGCCUCCAGCUGUUGAUAGCUCAUAGGUUUGUUCUUUCCGGUUGCUUCUCCUGGAGGUAUUUGUAGACACACUGACAGUUGUGUAUCCCGUUCCAAAAAUACAAACUCGACGUAUGGAUUGCCACAGGGUUUUCGAACGUUGCUACUGGCAAAUGUGAAUAUUGUAGCAUUCAAUUUAGCACGUACUGUUUGUCGUUGCUUGCUCAUAUACAUUUGUAAUACGCCAACAAGGUGACCACUAUAUAUUCGGCUAUGCUGGUUUCUGAAUGAAAAGCAAACUUACUGUAUUUUCUGUUGAAUAUCUCCUGUACCUUGAAUCUCAGCUUAGAGGAGUAUUCUGCUGGGGUCACGCUACUGGAUAUGGUAACUAGAUGCAGUAAACGAACAACGCAAAAAAGAAACCAGUCAAUGUUUUUCAAGCUCAAUCAUAUUUUUAUACAAGUGUAUACAGUCAGUGUGUUGAUGUGUACGUCUUGAAUAAUGCUUUUUGUUUUAAUCAUUAUUAUAUGUGUCCUUUUUCUGUACACCAGUAAUGAUCUAGUCGAGACUUUUUGGUUACCCAUUUGCAUUGUUUAUAUAUGCAAACUUGUCUCAAGUUCUCUUGAGUUGCAUUGUGUGCAAAUUAUUCACGGUUAAAAUAAUGUUUAAUAAUUGAGCUUGUUUUAUUUCUCAUCAAUGCCAACAGCUGUUCAUUUAUCACUAACAAAGUUUAAAAGAGUGCACACGGUCAUGUGGCUACCUUUCGUCGAAUGAAGUGAGAUGGGGCUGCUUAGCUUGACCAAUAAUUAUGUAGGUCGCCAAUUAUGGUAUAUAAGUGUGUGCACUCACUACUUACACGAAUAAAGAUAUUGCAUACCUUCA